AUCUACCCAUGUAAUAUAUUUUAGACCCACUGUACGUGUUUGCAGCUCAUUGCAGGAGGGACAAGUUCACUUUCACUUUGAUUGAGGACAACAUGGAGUCCGUCUGACGUGUGGCCAAACGCGUGAGAACAGAUCCACAGAUUCAAAGAGGCUUUCCGAGGAAAACGUCGUAAACCCGGAGCUGCUUGAGUGGACGUUUGGCUCCACAUCGGUCGGUCGGUACCAGAAGCGGAUCAACAUGUUGCAGGAGACGGGGACGGAGUGGUUGUCUCAGGAGGUGAAGACCGGAACCACCAUCAUCGCCAUAGAGUUUGACGGAGGGGUCGUGCUGGGCUCUGAUUCCAGAGUGUCUGCAGGGGAUUCGGUGGUGAACAGAGUGAUGAACAAGCUGUCUCCCCUCCAUGACAAGAUCUACUGUGCUCUGUCCGGCUCUGCAGCCGACGCUCAGACCAUCGCCGAGGUCGUCAACUACCAGCUCGACGUCCACAGCAUUGAGAUCGAUGAGGACCCACAGGUUCGCUCAGCAGCCACUCUGGUGAGGAACAUCUCGUACAAGUACAAAGAGGAGCUGUCGGCCCAUCUCAUCGUGGCCGGCUGGGACAGAAGAGACGGGGGACAGGUGUUUGCCACCCUGAGUGGUCUCCUGACGAGGCAGCCCUUUGCCGUGGGGGGCUCUGGAAGCUCAUAUGUUUAUGGCUUUGUUGAUGCUGAGUUUCACAGAGGCAUGAGCAAGGAGGAGUGCCAGCAGUUUGUUGUCAACACUCUGUCUUUGGCGAUGAACCGCGAUGGCUCCAGUGGAGGCGUGGCCUAUAUUGUGUCCAUUGAUGAACACGGCACGGAGGAGAAAGUGGUUCUAGGAAAUGACUUACCCACCUUCUUUGACCAGUGACACGUCCUGUUUCAGCUAAUGCAGCUUGUCAAACAUCACAUCUAAAUACUUUUACUAAAAAGUUUGAUUUAAAUAGAAUCAUUGCAUGGCUGUGUGAUACACAAUGCUAUUUCAUAUGAGGUCAUUACAAAUCCAAAAGUAAUUUGUGGUUCAUUAUUAAGAGAAUUAUAACAAACGGUGACUUAUUUGGUUAAUUAACAGUAAUGUUUUAAUUAGUGGUCGACAGAUGUGUCUUUUAAAAGAUACAUCUUUGUUGUUAUCUUUGUUUUUGCAUCUGAUUAAAGAAAACAGUGGCUUAACACAUCAUAUUAAAAACAUUAUUUAAGGCCUUUACAAACCGAAUGUCUAGCAAAUACAUGAAAUGAACAAAUGCCUGCAAAUAUUAUAAAGUAUAUUUGGGGAUUUCAUUUUGAAGGAUGAGAAUGGAGCAUCUGGUCAGUUCUGCAUUUGACAACUUUGAAAUGACUAAUUCCUUAUUCCAACUGAUUCAAUUGUGAUGCUCAAAGGUCACUGUGACCUUACACAACAGGUUCUCUGCCAUAAACUUACAAUUCUUAGUAAAUAAAAGUAAAGAAAAUGAGCCUCUCUCUUAGCAGCAGUAGUUGUCUUUAGUAGUAUUUAGUGUCACAAGUCACAAGAGUAAAAGUCAAGUUUGUUACAUUAAUUCACAUUAUUAUGUGUAAGAAGCCUGAUCGGUUGAUUGUUGGUCAUCCUGCUUAAACGCCAGCCUACAAGCUUUCUGAUUAUAAAUCAUUGUGCAUGUCUGCCUGCACAUGCUUUUCUUUUAUGUGCAAUUUAAAAAAUAAAUAAAAGCCUGUGUUGAAAGA